AAGAUAAAAACGUGUCGUGCGAUUGUCUCCGCGUGAAGGUGAAGAAGGUGAAGGAUUGAUAGAGAGAGAGAGUCCGCUCCGGGGAGUUUUGCCGAUCGACUACUAACAUUAUUAAUUAUUAUUAUUAUUAUUAUUUUGAAAUAAUUAAUAAUCUCCAGAUAUGAAAUAGCCCCAAUUUGAAUGUGAGCCCUAACCCUACAUCUUCAAUUCAAUGUGGAGGUUUAGUAACUGAAUCAGCUAGAAAAAGAGAUGAUGGAAGCAGAAACGGGGGGCAUGGUUGAUUCCGGUGUUGGGACCAUCGUGUGGGUUCGGAGGCGUAACGGGUCGUGGUGGCCGGGUAAGAUACUGGGCUCUGACGAGCUCUCUGCUUCGCAUCUCAUGUCUCCCAGAUCUGGAACCCCUGUCAAACUUCUUGGCAGGGAAGAUGCCAGUGUAGACUGGUACAAUCUGGAGAAGUCGAAGCGAGUUAAACCCUUUCGCUGUGGUGAGUUUGAUGACUGCAUCGAGAGGGCCGAAGCUUCCCAGGGAAUGCCUCCAAAGAAAAGAGAGAAGUAUGCACGCAGGGAAGAUGCCAUCCUUCAUGCUCUUGAGCUUGAGAAACAACUCAUGGAAAAGAAAUACGGCAACAACAACAACAACAACAACUUACUAAUGCUAAAGUCAACAUGUGACAAUCUGUCUCUUGAGGAGAAGAAGACAAAUGGUCUUUCUUUCCCAGCACCAGCAGCAGCAGCAGCAGAUGAUAACAGCCCCGAAGUACGUCCUAGAUUGAGAGGUUUGCAAGAACUUGGCGUGGCUGGUCCUCUUCCUCUCAACUAUAAACUUUCUCCCUUGGCGGCUGCUGAUUCAAAUGGUUCCCAUAACCAUGUUGCUGCUGCUGCUGAUGAGGUAGUCAUCAGUAAAACUCUGCUGGACAAAAGGAAAAGGUCACAACAAGAGGGGAAUAGUAAUAUUGAAGAAACAUUGAAUAAGAGGCGUGAUAGGCGUCGCCCUCUUGUUCAGGUACUCAAGAGUAGUGCUAAAUACUCUCCCUACAUUCAACCCUUGCAGCAGCAGCAGCAGUUACAAUCAGGGAAGGAGGAGCAGAGAGACACUGCAACAAUGGUUGGCAAUGAUAUAGGUGACAGCUUUGACUAUACACAUACUCUCCCUGACCAGGUGGAACCCAAGUUUGAAAAAAGCCCCACUGGAUUGAGUGAAGAGAACAACACCACUGGAUCUAAUGAAGACACUGAAACUGACUCUUCUGGCACUGAAUCUCUGAUGUCAGACACUUAUGAUGCCUCUGCUGCACUUUCAGAUGAAGGUGAAGAAGACAUUGAGUUUAUACCAAAGUCAUUUGGAAGAUCUGAAGGUGCAAUGGAGCAUGAGAGCAUGAGCGACGAUGACUCGGAAGAUAGCGAGGAUUCUCUACAGCUACAGACUGUCUCGAAAUGGCAGCUAAAAGGGAAAAGAAAUAGUCGCAAGAACACAGAGAGAAAGGUGUUGAGUUCAGGAGCAUGGAUGAAAGAGGAGACUUAUGGCAUCAUCAAUUGGGAGGACCCGGAGCCUGAGUCGUGUUUCAAAGGAGGAGGAUACUACCACCAUGAUCCUGUAUAUGUUAGCAGCAGCAGCAGCAGCAGGAUCAAGUCCAUGUUGAUUGACGUGGAUGUAGGGGUCCAAUCAGGUUAUCAGAGAGAACAUGUGCCCAUGAUUUCCCUCAUGAGUAAGUUGAAUGACAAGGCAAUUGUAGGCCACCCUAUCCCUGUUGAGACCCUACAAGACACUUCCUCUGAUUUCAUCCUGCUUUCUGCUGCUGAUGAUGAAUCAUUAGCCGCUGCUGCUGCUUACGACUCAACACUUCAACCCUGGAGGACCGCCAGAAGGACUGCCAAGUGUCGCGUUCCCCGACCACCCCAUUUAUCAACUUUGGAGGAAGAUCAAGACGAGUAUCUGGUAGAUGAAGAUGGCAGAGGGAAUCGUAAAUCAAGAAAACUCCUGAAAAAGGCGCAUCAUAGGAAGACCGGCACUUCAUCUAGCAACCAAAAAACAAGAACUCUAUCUUCUAUAGGUGGGACCCAGCAGCAGCAGCAGCAGCAGCCGAUUAUGGAUUUGGUGUGUUAUGAAGAUGAAGGGAUGAUGAAGCCGGAGCCAUUGCCUACAGCAGUUGCGUGCAUCCCUGUUAAGUUAGUGUUCAGUAGGUUACAUGAGGAGUUGGUUGCCCGCCAUCAAUAAGAAAAAAUAUGCCAGUAGCGACUUGUAAAUUGUAUGCCAUAAAUAAUCCAUUAUAAAUCUGCGAUUGGUCUUCUUGUUCUGGUUAAUGUAGUGUUCCGUUUGUCUAAAUUACAUGAAAACUGUAAAGACAUUAUGCAGUGUAGACUCUAGAGUAGAUGACUCUCAUUUGUACAUUGUAUUUCAGAAACUGCCUCCGACUUCAACUUAUUUGUAGUUGCCUUUUCUGUCA